UAUCCUUCAAUUCCCAGCCUUGGAAGGCAAUUUAGAGGUUAGAGGUUUCUUGAAUCAAAUUGCAAGUGAAAUGUGACCCAUUGAGAACUAUAAAAGAAGAAACUUAAUUUGGGAGAGAUGUAGGAAAUGAUUUGAAAGAACAUCCAAGGUAUUGAAAUUGUGUGCAAAUUAUGGAGAGUGGGAAGAAGAAGGCGGCAGUUUUGGUUGGAUGCAAUUACCCCAACACCCCACACGAGUUAUAUGGAUGCAUAAACGACGUGCUGGGGAUGCGAGAGGCGCUUGUUGAACGGCUGGGGUUCGAGCGCAGCCAGAUUGAGCUCCUGACUGACGCACCCGCGGCCGGUUCGCUAGUGAUGCCCACAGGUGUAAAUAUUAAGAAUGCUCUGGAUCGGAUGGUGAGUCAGGCUCAAUCUGGGGAUGUCCUUUUCUUUCACUACAGUGGACAUGGAACCAUUAUCCCAUCAUCCAAACCAGGCCAUUUCUUUAGGCAGGAUGAAGCCAUCGUGCCUUGUGACUUCAAUCUUAUCACAGAUGUGGACUUCCGGCAAAUAGUUAAUCGGGUGCCAAAGGGAGCAAGCUUGACAAUUGUAUCGGACUCGUGCCACAGCGGAGGCCUAAUUGAGAAAGAGAAAGAGCAAAUCGGACCUUCUUCUGUCAGGAAUGAGUCAAUAUUAUUAAUGCAACCCCGUCGACGUAGCAGUCCCAAGACUAUCCCAUUUGAGUCCAUUCUACAGCACUUCACAUCACUGACAAGCAUAAACAGUACUAGUUCAUGUGAUAUCGGCACCCACUUGCUACAAUCCUUUGGAGCCGAUGCCAGCCUUAAGUUCCGUCUACAUCCACUGGAGCUGGAUUUGUUGGAGUCGUCCAAGGCGGGGGGAGAUGAUGAGGGAAUUCUUCUAAGUGGGUGCCAAGCAAACGAGACAUCUGCGGACAUGAACCCAACGAUAGCUGGAGAGAAGGCAUACGGAGCAUUCAGCCAUGCACUACUGCAGACGGUGUUGAAGGGUCAUGUGGGGACAUUAAGCAACAGACAAGUUGUGGUCAUGACCAGGAAGGCUUUACAGGCCGCAGCCUUUGCUCAACACCCUUGCCUCUACUGCAGCGAUGAGAACGCUGAUGCUUCUUUCUUGUGUCACACUUAAAUGAUUUAUACGCAUGCAUGGUCAAUUACUACCAUGUUGUUUUUAUUUUUAUUAUCUAAAUAAUGAUAUAUAUUAAUUGUGCUUCUCCAAUAAAAACCAUAUAUAUUGAGAUCAAAAGAAAUUUCUUGUGCAA